UUGGAUGGGCUUGUUCUCGAACUCAGUCCAUUUCACUCAAGCAUGUAUCCCAUAUCAUUCACAUGGUAAAGAGACUUCUAAACCUUUUUCUAUGUUUUCAUGGCUUUUGUUGGAAACUUCAAUGGCAAAGGCUUCCUUGAAAAGCACUCAUGCUUAUAAGUCGAGGAAUACUCUCAAGAGAGCCCAGAUUGUGAUCUUAAUUUGUGCCGGCUGCGCUGAAGAUUGCCAACACUCUCUUGUACCAUGCGCUUUAGCUGGACCCUUUAAGGCCAAGCUUGCACUCACUGCCUUCAAACCAAUUUCCUUGCCGCUGAAUCUCGAAGGACAGGUUGUGGUGCUCUCUAAUGGUUUUUUCGGCUGCCAGACUUAUGGUUUCCAAGUUUCUGGAAUGGCCUUGUUUUUAGUCUGCUGUCAAUUAAGCUUCUUAUCUAUUAUCUGGAUUUCCAUGUUAUAUUGCAGAUUCUUGGGCUUCCUUUCUUUUUCUGCGGGGAUUGAGGGCCUGGUUUCCCAUUCUCCUACAGUUUAUGAUUUUAUCAUUCAUCAGGGUUUUCAUGUUUCUAUAUUAUGUGGCUGUCUCUGUAGCUGUAUGAAGGCACCUCCGUUCAGGAAAUCUAUUGUGGGCAUUUCAAUUACUCAAAUUCUGGGGUUUCAUAGCUACAUACUCACAAGUGAGGGUUCUUGGUUUCUUCUACUUUAUGCUUGGUUCCAAUGGUCUUUUAAGGUGUCGUGGAUGCAAUUCUUGGCCACCUUUCGGCCUAAUGCCUGCCUGUUCUAUCUGCAGCUAAUUACAGCUUUGUUUUCUUGUUUUCAUGUACUAUUGCUUAACCUCUCAGGUUUCUUUUUUGGAUGUUUUUUUUUCCCUUAAUUUUUUAUGUACCGCUGAUACCUUGUAGUAGUCAGUUUAAUUAUGGUAAUGUAAUAACGUAGCUGUUUUAUCA